UUAACUUAGGCAGCUUGCAACAGUGAAAUUUCAGUAAGGAUAUGAAGAAACAGCCAAGGAUACGAAUUGAUAAAAUCUCGCUUGCAGUGGCCUGCUUCGCAGCAUGUACAGUUCAAAGCAGAUAAACAUGAGCAACAUGUCUGAUGGCUUUUUUCUUUGACUUGACAGUUGACAGGACCAACGGGCUGACCUUUGGCUUUGAGAACUUUGAGCUAGAGAUUCAAAACUUGUAAAAACUUCUGCUGUUACUCAUGGUGAAAGAGAAUCAGAAACUCUCUCUAGAUGUGCAACUGUGAUGUAACAGUGGCAUUGCUUCUACUAUACCAAGCAUCACCGUGGGUCCCAAUGUGGGGGAAACCAGAGAACCCCAGAAAAGAAAAGUAUAGUGAAGAACUUCACUUCUCUUCAUUGGAUGCUUGUUCUCCAUUCCGUUCCACAUAUUCCUCCCUCUCCUCUUUUAUAUAAGGCAGAUUUGCAGAACCCUGCAAAAGCCUUCCAAAUCCAACGAGAGAGAGACAGAGAAAGAGAGACAGAGGAGAGAGAAACAGAGAAAGAGAGAGAUGUCGUCAACAAGUAAACCAACUGCAGUGGAGGAUGACAGUGCGUCUUCAUCAUGGUUGAAUUUGAGCCUAGGAGCCAGUGAAACAGAUGGUGUGGAUGCUUCAUCAAAGGCACCUUCAAAAGUAUUUUCCUGCAACUUUUGCAUGAGGAAAUUUUACAGUUCCCAGGCUUUAGGUGGCCAUCAGAAUGCUCAUAAGAGAGAGAGGGGAGCGGCUAGGAGGACUCACAGGCAUGGGUCUGGUGCAGCCAUGGCCCUUCCUUUCCGCACUCCACAUUUCCGGUCUCUAGGUGUUCAUCCUCAUGCACUUGUUCACAAGUCUGUGGGCAGAGACAUCACCAGCGCGGCAAGGUUCGACGACAACUCGGCAAAAGCAUGGUCUCCAUUCAUGAUGGAAGAAGCCAUGGAUUUCUUGUGGCCUGGAAGCUUUCAUGUGAACCUUGCUACUGUCAAUUUGGUUCCUCACAUGCCAAUCGAACCAGAGAUAGCAAAGCUUGACCUGUCCCUAAGCCUCUGAAAAGAUGUAACACUUUUUUGUGCUUUCUCUGUAAUUGAUUUGUUAUUUUCAAGGAAAAGCUUUAUAGAAGAAAUCAAUUGGCAUAAAAUCUAUGAUUGGCAUUUCACGAAAGUCUAUUAUCUUUCACAAUUCAAAGAAAAAUAAACUGACUAACUAGGUAAAAGGUCUCCAGUCGAUUAAGUUUUCGUUUCUGACGAUCUCUCUCUCUCUUUCGUUUUGCUAUCGGAGAAACGUUGAAUCCAGUAGAUCUUGGAUCAACCUCCAAAUAUGAACUCCAAGGCUAGGAUCCUCAUGCCCAAGGCCAAUACAGGGCGCUGAUUUGUGCAGGAGAGAACGGCCUUAGGACUUAGGAGUCG